GCAGCAUGGCCACCAACUCCAACAUACAGAAGAUCAGUUGGGAGCAGAGGCUUGAGCAGUCUCUCAAGAUCCUCAUCUCAGAAGAGCUUAAUAAUGGAGGGGAAGGGGAGUUUCACCACUCUGGACUUUCCAAGAAAGCAGCAUUGGUCAGAAAGAGGACCAAGCUGGUGUGUUCUUGGUGCCAUCCUGGGGCUGAAGGCCAUAGUGCUGGGCAUUGUAGCUGUGGCAACUCUGCAUGGGCACACAAUUAUCUGCUGGAUGGCGGUCAGCUCCAGGGCCACCCACCAAGAAACCCGUGGGGAGCCAGAGAGCACUCUGGAGGGGAACAGCUGCCGAGAGAUAAUGCAGGAGUUCCAGGAGGAUUUGUGCGUCCAUAAGCUGGGAGCGGUUUGUGAGCUCUGUCCCCAAGGUUGGCUGCUACACAGGCACAGCUGUUACUACUUCUCAGAAGAGCGGAAGAGCUGGGAGGACAGUGUCCGAGACUGUGAGGCCAGAAGAUCCCGGCUCCUGGUUCUAACGGACGAGGCAGAGAUGGACUUUGUGAGCAGCCAUAAGGAAGAGGACUAUUACUUCUGGAUUGGACUCCAUUUCCAAGAGAAGGAAGGAAAGUGGCUGUGGCUCGGACAGCCUGAACUGCAUGGAUACAGGGGGGCUCUGAAUGGCAGCCGAGAUCAGCAGAACUGCGUUGCAUUCCGGAACAAAAAGGAGAUCCAUCCUGAUCGCUGCCUGUCUUCCUACAAAUGGAUCUGCAAGAAAAAUUCCACCAGACUGAACACCUGAGUUCUAGCCAGCUUCCCCUGGAGGCCAGCCAUGGGGCAACUCUCCUUUCCCUGGAAAAUUACUGCUGUGAUUGCCCAGUGCAGUGAGUUCAUGAAGCAGAACUAAUCAGCUUGGCCGAAUGGGAGGGACUUCUG